AUGGAAGAGCCUAUUGGUAGUUGGAUUGCACUCAAAACUAUCAUGAGAAGGCGUUUUGUACCCAGACAUUACCAUAGGGAGUUACAUCAAAGACUCCAAUCUUUGAGGCAAGGUACAAGGAGUGUUGAGGAUUUUUAUAAGGAGAUGGAAAUGCUCAUGACUAGGGCUGAUUUGGAUGAGGAUAGAGAAGCUACCAUGGCACGAUUCAUUGGUGGGCUUAAUAAGGAGAUUGCUGAUAGGGUGGAAAAGCAACUAAAACCUAGAGGGACAACAAGGUUUGAAUAUAAGGGCACUUCGAGUGGGAGGCCACAUUGGUCUAAUUCUUGGAAAGGAGGUAAGAAAGGUGAUGAUAAGGUUAUUCCCAAUGACAACAAAGGGAAAAGCAUUUCAGGUAACAAAGACACAUCUAAACCAGAAAUUAACAAAGAAAAGAAUAGAGACAUCAAGUGUUUCAAAUGCUUGGGGCGUGGCCAUAUUGCUUCACAAUGUCCAAACAAGCGGGCAAUGGUGGCUAGAGACCAUGGGGAGAUUGAAACAGCAAGUGAAGAGAGUGAUAAUGAUGAUGAGAUACCACAAUUGGAAGACGGCAGCGAUGAUUGCAUUGAGGGUCCUAUGGGAGGUGAGCUCUUGGUGGCUAGGCGCACACUAAGUGUUCAAAUGAAGGAAGAUGAUACCUUGGAGCAGCAAAGAGACAACAUUUUCCACACAAGAUGCCAUAUCAAAGUGAAUAAGCAAGUUGUUGUACCUUUCACAAUUGGUAGAUAUUCAGAUGAGGCGCUAUGUGAUGUAGUGCCAAUGCAUGCUGGCCAUAUCUUGUUAGGUAGGCCAUGGGAAUUUGAUACGAGGGCCUUCCAUGAUGGCUUUCUAAAUAGGUACUCAUUUGUGAAGGAUGGGAGAAAAGUUACUUUGACACCUCUUUCUCCUAAGGAAGUGUAUGAUGACCAAUGUAAGUUGGAAAGAGAGAGGCGUGAGGCUGAAAAUAACAAAAAGGAACAUGAAAACCCAAGGGGUGAGAUUCAGCAUAAAGAGAAAACAAAGGCAAAGGGUAGUUUUUUGGCUAGGGAAAGUGAAGUUAGGCAUGCAUUUUAUUCAAGUCGGAUGUUAUUUGUUGUUACUUAUAAAGAUGUAUAUUUGAACACUAUUGAACUUGAUCUUUCCUUGCCGAGUGUGUUUGCUAAUCUUUUGCAGGAAUUUGCUGAUGUCUUUCCCGAGGAAAUGCCAAGUGGAUUACCUCCUCAAAGAGGGAUAGAACAUCAAAUAGACUUCAUACCCGGGGCUUCCAUACCAAAUAGACCAGCCUAUAGAAGUAAUCCAGAGGAGACAAAGGAGCUUCAAAGGCAAGUGGAAGAACUGAUGUCAAAGGGGUAUGUGCGUGAGAGCUUAAGUCCUUGUGCGGUUCCAGUGAUUUUGGUUCCAAAGAAGGAUGGCACAUGGAGAAUGUGUGUGGACUGUCGUGCAAUCAAUAAAAUAACGGUAAAGUAUCGUCAUCCCAUUCCUAGGUUAUAUGAUAUGCUUGAUGAGUUGCAUGGUGCAUGUUUGUUUACUAAGAUUGAUUUGCGUUCUGGUUAUUAUCAAAUUUGCAUGAAAACUGGUGAUGAGUGGAAAACGACUUUUAAGACUAAAUACGGUCUAUAUGAGUGGUUAGUUAUGCCGUUUGGGCUUACAAAUGCACCUAGUACUUUUAUGAGAUUGAUGAACCAUGUCUUGCGUGAGUGUCUUGGUAAAUUUGUGGUUGUGUAUUUUGAUGAUAUCUUAGUUUAUUCCAAGUCCAUUAAUGAUCAUGUCAUGCAUUUCAAAGGGGCUCGAGGUUGA